AUGGACAAGAUCCUGGAGGGCCUGCUUAGCUCAUCGCACCCGCUGCCGGUGAAGCGCAGCGUGGUGAAGAGUCUUGAAGCGGCCGAGGGCAAACUGGAUGGAGAGCAAUGCCAGGCCAUGUUCACGCUCGCCACACGCCUCACUCUGCUCAGUGAAGAUACCUUCCAGAGACAGGUCGGCCAGCAGGUGCUGGAUGCUUACGCGCGCUGCCACCGCGCCCAGUUUGGCGACUUCUUCAACAGCGAGCUGGUGCUCGGGAUGCUGCGCCAAGGCUACGGCUCACUGGGCCGGCGCGACGCGCGCCUCCUCGACUUUGUGCAGCACGGCCUACGCCUGAGCCUCAGCCUCCCGUCCGUGCUCACCGUGUACGCCUCGCUGCGCUCCGAGGCCCUGCGCAUGGUGUGCGAGCGCCUCCGACCGUCCACGGCGUGCAGACUCGGUGAGCUACUCAUCGAGUUCCCGCAGUGUCUGCCCAGAGAGGGGCAGCAGGCCAUUGUCUUCUGCAAGCAGCUUGUGCGGACCAUCGGUCACUUUGCCUGCCCGGCGGCGGCAGCAGAGGGGGACGGUGCCGACAGCGAGAAGGCCAUUCGGGAAUUCAUUGGGCAGGUGAAUCGCGUCAGCGGGCUGCUACCCAAGGUGUGGGUGUCAGAGCCGGCCGCCCUCCUCCCAUCCCUGCAGGAGGUGUUUGCCAUCAUCUCCACUCCAGACGUCCCUGCCGAUCCAUCAAUCGCGCUUGCCAGCCUGGUGCAGUACAUCCCCCUGCAGAUGACGAACGUCAUCAUCCAUAGCCUGACGACCGACGCCAAUGUCCACGACGCCAACAUGAUGGUGGCCCUGUGCAGGAUGAUUGACUGGCUGUCGUGGCCUUUGGCCCAGCGUGUGGACUGCUGGGUGACAGCUCUGCUCAAGGGUCUGGCUGCCGUGAAUAAAUUCACCAUCCUCAUCGAUGUCACCGUCCUCAAAAUCGAGCAGGUGCUGAGUCGGCUCUGGUUCCCGGUGGUGCGAGCUGGCGCGCUGUCCGUGCUCUCGCACAUGCUGCUCAGCUUCCAGCACUCACCUGAGGCCUUCCACCUGCUGCUGCCACACAUGCCGGGGCUGGUUACGGAUUUGCGCAAAGAGGCGUCUCCCACCAGCAUGGCGUGCCUUCGGCAGCUGUCCCGCCUCAUGCAGUGCAUGAUGUAUCAGUACUCCGGCUUCCCUGACCUCUACGAGCCAAUCCUCGAGCUCUUCAAGGACUUCCCCUUGCUGCACGAGGACGACAUCAAGCGCACGCUCACUCGCAGCGCGUGGACGUCGCAACGCUCGGCAUCCCCCACGGGGCCUCUGCGGCGGGCGGCAGACAGGUCGGAAACCGGGAGGACCGGCCUCGUCAACCUGGGCAACACCUGCUACAUGAACAGCAUCAUCCAGGCGCUCUUCAUGACCACACAUUUCCGCCGAGCGGUUCUGUCUCUGAGCCUCAACGGCUCACGUCCUCUCAUGGGAAAACUGCAGCUUCUCUUCGCCUUUUUGGCUCAUACACAGCGCUCUGCGUUUGAGCCGAGGAAUUUCCUGGAGGUGUCGCGCCCCCCUUGGUUCACGCCGGGUUCCCAGCAGGACUGCUCCGAGUACCUCAAGUACCUCCUCACCAGGAUACACGAAGAAGAAAAAACUCUAAUUCAGCUCCAUAGGAAUGCAAAAGCAGCAAAGCAAGGUGCAGAGUCUAGCGGGAUCUUGCUGACGGAAACACAAUCCGCCAGUGGGAAUCCACAAGACUGCAAAAGAACAGGUGCUGAAGCUCUAGAAUCACCUAAGGAGGUUUCUGAGAAAGACGAGGAGAGGACGCUGGUGGAAAAAAUGUUCGGCGGGAAGUUAUUGACAAGGAUCUCCUGCAAGAAUUGCCGAGGCGUGUCGGAGAGGUUCGAGGCGUUCACCGACCUCUCCUUGGCUUUCCCGACGCAGGGUGUCGAGUCCACUGCACAGCUUGAUUCGGCCGCCGCGACGGUGCAGCCGGUCACGAGUUCGCACUUGGCCAACGAAAUAAGCAGUGUGCCAAAUGUGACACAACAAUCGGCACUGUCUUCGGGCUGCGCGCAGGUGCCCGAGUGUCAAGACGUGAACGUAAAGGAUCCCACGCAGCUUGGCAUCAGUGAUGAAGUGAGCGAAUCAGCGUGCACCUUCCGCAGCGAGAGCCCCACAGGCUCAACGCAAGCCAGCGCCUCUACUCCGGCCACAAGCGUAAGCGAUGACAGUCGCUGUUCCCAAGAAGCGGAAACGGCAGAAACAUCUAACACCAAAGUAGACGCCGCCACGAUGACUAUGCCGAGCGACGGAAUAGAACAUUUCACCGACGUUGCGGUAGAAGUGCGGCCGGGACCCCACGUUCUAGUCGGCGGCGACGGUGUCUCCGUCUCGAGUAACGAACGGCCGCCAUCAAAGCCGGAGGUCGUCGUUUGUUCACCGGACUCUGACACAGACAGGGAGUCGGAAAGCGUGCCCGGUCUGAUCAAUUAUUUCCUAACACCAGAGACACUGAGCGGGGAGAACCGGUAUUACUGCGAGGCGUGCAAUUCCCUGCAGGACGCGGAGCGUGCCACGUUGGUGGCCGAGAGCCCCGAGUACCUGGUCCUGACGCUGCUGCGGUUCUCCUACGACAUGCGGACUCACUCCCGCCGCAAGAUCCUGCGCAAUGUGCACAUCCCUCCCAGCCUCGUCCUCCCAGCACGAGCCAAGAUGAAAUGUGUUCCUCCACCGCCGAAGAACCACUGCUCGCAGGACUGCAGCUGCCACCUAAAGGUCAACUCGGGGGUAGACACCGAUGACUCCUGCAAUGCUAAGUCUCCGCUCUGCAAAAAAAUGAAACAUUCUGAAGCGGAGCUCGAAUCGGACGGGUUUUGUGACUCGACUGUGCCGUACGUGCUUACGUCCGUGGUGGUGCAUUCGGGGAUGUCUUCGGAGAGCGGCCACUAUUACAGCUAUGCACGGGACUGUGGGAAGCAGCGCGGGGGCACGAGACGCUGCCACAGAUUCAGCAGCAACAACAACAACCUAAUGCCAGAGGGCACGGCUGCAUCUCCCACCGGCACGACCAGCGACCUCGCCGAUUCUUCAGCUCCUCCGCCUGAUAAAGACGUUGACGAUAGAGGCCCGCCGAGCUGUCACCUCCCUUGUGCCACCGCCUCAAAGGUUGACCAGGAGGAAGAGAAGACUGAAGAUGAGUCAGAGGAGGAGGAGCAGGGGGAGGAAUGGCUUUUGUUCAACGACAGCCGCGUGUCUUUCUCGUCAUUUGGCUCUGUGAGCGGCGUUACGAGCCGCUUCCCCAAGGACACGGCGUACGUGCUGAUCUACCGGCGAAGGGACCGCCGGCCGGAGGGAGAAGGCGCUGCCUGCGAGCGACUCUGCUUCGAGCCGCCCCUCCGCAAGGAGCUCAUGGAGGCUGUGAGCCGCGACAACAAGCUCUACCUCCAGGAGCAAGAGCUGGAGGCACGGACCCGUGCUCUCCGUACCUCCUCCUCAUCCUCGUCAUAUCACCGCCGCGACGACGAUGACAGCCACUCGCCUGGGAGCUGCGGCCCUGGGGGUGGAGGCAGUGGAUUCAGCUCCAUCAGCCGCCUAGUCUUUUGACCCGAACUUCAUUUGCACGUCUGAGCCCAGUGUAACAUCCACCUCACUCCCCAAGCCUCCCCUCCGUGACCAUCCCCUUUAAUCCAAUCACCCAAGAACUCAGGCUGCAUGAAUAACUUUUUGGCCAAAGUGGUUAAUGUUUGUGUGUUUUUUCAUGUGCGCUUUUUUCUUAACUCAGUAGCUUGAAAGGCAUAACCGCUUGCAGGCUGCAAUAUAAAUUUCCCAACUCCGAUAUUAGGCAGUUGGGUGGAUCAGUAGAGAUCGCACUGGCUAUCGGGUCAGUUAGCAACGAGUCCAUAGCUUCAUUCCCACCACUUGGCAGUAAUUUCCUUGUAACGUUAGCAUAGCAUCUUGUGUGCUGGAAGUGGACGUUACAGAUCUGUGACACCAUUCUCUACAGAAGACUAUAUUGUGUGCCAUAGGUGAAAUAUAUUUUUUUUAUUACCCUAAACUAAGUUAUAAAAUAUUUGCACUUUGCAAAGACAUAUAUUCACAUCUUUCUUACAAUUCGAUACUUUAAUUUGGGCUUUUGUCUAUGGGGAAAAGGUUUGUGAAUUAAUUUUGAUGCACAUUAAUUGAAAAUCACAUGGCGUACUCUAUAUAUUCACCACUCCAGUUAGUAAAUUCCCAAAUUUAUUACCAGUUGUGUUUAGAGAAACUUGAUAAUAAAAUCUUCACUUAAAGCUUUCGUGACUGCAGGAAUUCAUAUUAUUUGGGCCUUUAAGUAAAGUCACGUAGAUAGAAAAAAUUAUAAAAUAAUAAAAAAUAUCACGACGUUUCGAUCGCAACACAAGCGGUCGUCAUCAGGAAAAGUGGGGUUCGCUUCUAAAGACAAACUUUAUAAAGGUUUUAAUUAACUGGUUAAUGACCAACCACCUUCCGAUGUUCUGAUUUUUUACAAACUGACCAAUCAUUGGAAGGACGUUAUUAACCAGUUUAAGUCAUAACGGGCUGUGAUGUUCCCAGCCUUACCACCUUCCAAUGUUAGUUAUUUUCGGUUCUAUAAUUUUUUUACAUUAACAGAAUAAAUGUCUCACUAACACAGCUACCUCGUGCGCCAUCCUCAAGGCUGCUGCUUCACGAUCUCCUAUUAACAUGCUAAUCUCUCACAUUAACAUCGCCACCUUGGCACACUCGCUGUAUAGGAGUCUUGAUGAUCUUCCAUUAACAUGCUAAUCUCUCACAUUAACAUAGCCACCUUGGCACACUCGAUGCUCGGCGAUCUUGCAUUGACAUGCUAAUAUUUGCCUGGCAGCCCUGUGAUUGGUGGAAAGGCCACCACCGCCGCGGCCGCUGCCCACCACUUGCAUUGGCAUUGGCUGCUGACAUUUGGGCUACGCCCAUUUGAAACCUUUAUAAGCAGUUGUCUUUAGAAACGAAGCCUACUUUUCCUGAUGACCACCGCUUGUGUUGCGAUCGAAACGUCGUAAUAUUUUUAUUAUUUUUGCUAUCUACGUGACUUGACCGAAAGGCCCAAAUAAUUUAUAAUAAAAGCAGGGACCCCGAUUUAAAGAUUCUAGAUUUUCAAUAUUCCAAACGCUUUUUUUUUUUCAAGCUGAGAAAACCAGACUUGCAUUAGUGUCCGUUUGUGUUGAGUUUAGCUCCACAGUAUUUCCUUUACUCUUGCAUACUGGGUGGAUAUUGUGAUUUUGAGCAGCUAAUGGCAUCAAAUAUGCAGGGGGGGGGCAUCUUUUUUCAGGUAUGUGUAAAACACUACUGUGUGUACCAUAUCAGGGAAUGGAUGUGAAGCCAUAAUGCUUUGUUAUAUACCGAUAGAAUGUCUAAAUUAGUUUUAAAAAUGGCGUACAUGCUAUGUUAAUAAUGCCGAAAUAAAAAUGUAUGGAGCAUCUGCAUUUAGUUUUCUAACGCAGCCCUUGUCAUUUUGUUUGGUGCAUGAUACGAGAUCAUUGAUAAGAUUGAAAUGUUCAGGAUUGCGAGAGAUGGCGACCGCUUGGGGGGGAUGCUUUAUAAUGCAGGGGUGGAUUGUUCAUGGUUGAUGACGAAGCGCCAAAUGUUAACCAUAUUUACAUCGCACAUUUCUUUACCAUAGUAACGCAGGUUGUGACUCGACUCAAGAGGAUGCCUUACCAAUGGUAUGCAGUUCAUAAAGGGUGUGCCCCUUGCGAGUACCAAGUUUACCCUAAUACAAUUACUUCUGAUUGGAACAAUCAAACAUUUGACAAACUGUGGCAUGCUGCCCAGGAGAUGUGAAUGGGUAAAACUGCUGUCAAGAGCACUUUUGGGCAAGUGCUCCGUUGACUACGAAUGCUUUUCAUCGGGUUACAUUUAAGUGGAGUGGUGGGAUCUUCAAAGAGCUGGUGGUGGUACAGGCAGCUGAUACACCCUUGCGUUUUAACCGCAGACCGUAGACCUCACCAGUGAUAAUAAUUUUGAUGGAAUUUGUAGAGGGAAUGCAUUUUUUUCACGAUUGUAGGAACUGAUUGGAGUGAAGGAGACGGCUCUUGCAUACAUUGCUGUGCAACAGUGUCUUCACUCGUGUGUGUAACCAAGAACACGUGUAUUUUUGGGAAUAAAUACUAUUCA